AAUGUCACUUGUCUAAUUAUGUUGUUUUUUAUUUUGGGAAUUGGAUAGUGGUUUCGGUUUGUUGUGGGUAUUUAUGGAUUUUCCUGUUAAAUUUGGCAACAGGAAAAGGCAUCAUAAAAUUAAAUAUGAGUACAAAAUACACAUUUGUCAAAUAUUUAUAAUGUCAACUCCACCAUAACCUAUGGACUGUGGUUAUUGGGUUAUUCUUAUGUGCACCAGUUUUUUCGCUUUCCGCAACAAUUAUUAAAGUAAAAAAUGACUAUCUUAGCUUUCGUUCCUAAUAUGAAGCUCCUCUUGACUACCGCUGUAAUAACUUUUGCUGGCUUAUUAUACCUUGUAAUGAAAUCCAAAAGGAAGACAAAAAGUGCUGUAGAUGCUUUAAAUUACCUCGAUAUUAAAAUAAUUUCUUCAGAAGAUCAAGUCGAUGACGCGGUGGCUGAAAUACAAAGACGGAGUUCUGCAUACCAUGCUAUAGGCUUUGACUGUGAGUGGGUGACAGACAAUGGACACAGACAACCUGUGGCACUUCUUCAGCUAUCUACCUAUGAUGGAUUUUGUCUACUUUUUAGGCUGAAUAAGCUAAAGCUAAUCACUGGAUCACUGAAAGAACUCCUUGAAGAUGACUCUUUAUAUAAAGUAGGUGUAACUCCCGGGAAUGAUGCUAAGUACUUGCAGCACGACUAUUCUGUGACGUUAAAGUCCUCCUUGGACAUCCGACAUCUUGUUGACUUCUGUGGAUAUGAUGACGGUGGUCUGGCCGCUCUCUCCGCUUCUCUCCUGGGCGUGGUCUUGGAUAAAAGCUGGAGGGUCAGAUGUAGUGAUUGGGAGGCUGACGAGCUCACUACACGUCAAGUGAAUUAUGCAGCGGCAGAUGCACAUGUAGCUAUAAAGAUGUUUGUCAAUCUUGUUAAUGGCUACUACAACAAGGGGAUUUUAUCGUAUUUGAGAAAAUCUGAUAGCAGCCACUGGGAUAACAUCAAUGAUCUCUGCUGGAAGUAUGCUGAUAUGUGCUAUAAAACAAAGCAAAAAUCUAAAAGAAAUGAAAAUAGUACAAACAAAACGGAAGGAAAAUCGCCAAAAGUGAUGAGUAAGAGGUACCCUCACGCAACCAGAUCUAAGCCACUAUACCACAACUGUUUCCUGCAAGCUCCCGACGGCGAAUUACUGUGUACAUGCGAUACUAAAAAAGCUUUUUGGUAUAUAGAUAAAGGUCUAGCAGAGAAGAUCUCAACAGACCCCCUUACAGUCCGCCUCAAGUUCGAGCCAGCGGGGCGCUCGGUGGGCGAUGUAGGAAAGUACUAUCAACUGAAGAAAGAGAACAAAUGUGUGGUGUGCGGCCAGGAUAACUCGUAUAUACGGAAAAAUAUCGUGCCAAGAGAGUAUAGGAAAUAUUUUCCUGAGAUAGUCAAAGACCGGUCCUCGCACGAUGUGCUGCUGCUGUGCGGCGGCUGCCACCAGCGCAGCAAUAUGCUGGACCAGCGCGUCCGGGAGCGGCUCGCCGAGCUGUGCGAUGCGCCGCUCGUGUUGCUCAGCAAAACUAAGUACACGGAGGACGCUGACUGCAAAAAGAUUCGUUCAGCGGCCCGCGCGCUACUCUACCAGUCGGUGAAGCACGCGUUACCCGAGCGGCGCCGCGCCGAGCUAGAGGCGGUGCUGCUGCAGCACUACCCCGACCACGACACCAUCACUACAGAGCUGCUGCAGGAAGCUGCUAACGUGCAGGUCAUCUACGAGAACACAGACUACGAGUCGCACGGUCACAAGGUGGUCAACUACUACCUGCAGCACUCCGGCAUCCUAGCGCUGGAGGAGCUCUGGCGGGAACACUUCCUCGCCUCCAUGCGGCCCCGGUACAUGCCAGAACUCUGGUCCGUCAAACAUAACGAGGAGAGGUUACGAAUAAAACUCAACGAGGGUCGUCUAUCCGAACAGGAUAUGAAGCUUUGUGGAUUAUAAUUUACAACUAAUAAAAAAUAAAUUUCUAAAUACAAAUAAAUGAUUAAUGAAGUUAAAGAGGCCGAGCCAAGAGAAUGCAUGUAAGUACCAUCGAAAAAAUUGAUUCAUUAUGCAGUUGACCUCCGACGUUUGGUCGGAUUAUGUUUAUUCAAUGAUAGCUAUAUGGUCUGUCGGAACCAUACAGGAAUAUAAUCAUACAUUGGUCGGAACUCGGAUGGGUUUUUUUAACACACCGCGAUCAAUUAACGUUGGUCAGCCAAUUAUUAUCAAUCAUUUUCUCUGAUAUGAUCUGUAUCGGGAAAUUGAUUCGUUGGCAGUUGACAGACCAACGUCAUUUGGUCGGAUCAUGUCAAUAAUGAAUAAUUCAAUGUUUAUUGUGAUCUUACGACUGGGUUUGACGUAGCGCGUUACGCGACCAAACUACGUAGGUCUCCCAUCUGCCUAGGAAUCAACUUUCUGAUAGUACAUAACGUGGUCUUUAAUACAUAAGUCUAAAGAUUUGUUUUGUACCAUAAAAUAUAUAUGUAUAUUUUGUUA